CUCUAUCCGCGUUGUGUUUUGCAUUUGCAUGGAGUAGAAGAGGAAGACAAAACACUCCGUUAUCGUUAAGACUUUGCAGCAAUUACAGUUCCGCGAGCUUUUACAGUUCUUUCGAGUAUCCAGAGCGCAGUUGUUCGAGCACACAAAUGGCAGACUACAGCAAGCUGGGAUCGCCACCGGCGUACAUGGACGAGGCAACGGCUCCACCGCAUACCGAAAUGAAUCAGUAUGCACCACAGCCAAUGUAUCCGCCGCUGCAGAUGCCACAGCCACAGGUGGCACCGCCUCCGCAGGUGGUGCACCACACCACCACUGUUGUAGUUGAGGCCCCGGGUCAGGGCAUGGUGUGCCCCAAGUGCAAUGCACGUAUCCGUGUGCGCACCGACUACCAUCCCACGGGCAAAACCUAUUGCCUGGCAGGGCUGCUCUGCCUCUUCCUCUGCUGGCCCUGCGUCUGCGUUCCCUGUUGCUGCAACUGCUGCUACAAGACCAGCCAGUUCUGCCCCAACUGCAACGCCUGCCUGGGCUCAUUCUAAGGAAAUCCUCUGGACCAGUGGACACAAUGCACACAAUCGACUUGUGUGCAAACAUAAUCAUAAACAUACAUACAUACAUAUAUAUGUACGUAUAUGUACAUACUGACAUUUGAGCAUACAUGAACAUACUCGACGCUAGAUGGCAUAAGCAGAAUCGUAUUUCUGCACACAGUAAGCGAAAAAA